AUGCUUUUUGGUACCGAACAUAAAAACAUCAAUUCAGGUGUAAUCAACAUUGAUUUGCAUAACGUCAUUGAAAAGCACAAUGAACGUGUCCAUUUCAACUGGCGCGAUAUUGUGAUUAUGAUCAUUGCGUUAAUUAUCAUUGCGUUAAUUAUCGCUGCUACCAUUGGAUACUUCAUACUCCAAUUUAUUAAAAGACAUGUAAGAAAAUAUCGUGCAAUGGCAAUCAUGGCUGAAGUUGAUAGAAGACGGGCAACAGCAGAUGCUACUUUCGCCGGUCAAGUACCCUAUAUCAUCCCAAUGGAUGACUACAAUCAGCGGCCCCGGGUAGCAACGUCUCCUCACACACAUAUACAAAAACUGAAUACCGCUUCAAAGUCGUAUGAAGUAGCCUCAAGACAAUUACAAGCAAUGGGAAUAGAGCAACAAGCCGAUUACUUCUGUCUCUUAUAG